ACCAUCCCCACCCCACCCGCACAAUGACCGAAGACCGGCCAGCGACCCCCACCACGGCCUCCGCGACCCUGACCCCCAGCCAGUCCCCGGACUCGGCCGCGCGCAGGGCCUCCUCGCCGGCCUCCUCGCCGUCGCUCGCAUCCUACGACACCAUGACCGCCACGUUCGCGGUGCCGUAUCGGGCGUUCACUGCCCCUGCCGAUUCGAUCUUUUCGUCGGCGAAUGCGUGCGUGCGGUGGAAUGAUCCGCUGAUUUCAACACAGCAGCAGCAGCAGCGGUCGUUUGAUAAUUUGGCGGGAAUUCGCAAGGUGGUCGCGGAGAUCAACGACGACCUGACACUCUCUGUCUCGGCUUCCGUCACUGUUGAGAAGCGAUUGGCAAAGUCGGCCAUCGUCUCUCUGAGCGGGACAAGUGCUGCUGUUCUCACCAGUCGCGCUCGUAUUCUACGUGCUUACUAUGACAUUGGCGUCAAACACAUCGGCAUCGACACCUUCCAACUCCUCGACAAAGACGGCAAGCUGCAGACCGCGGUCGCAGAUCAACUAAACCAAAUCGCGCAAUACACCACCACCUCCAUAUUCGUCGUCACCGCCCUCGAUCAAUCCCUGCGUCCGCAAAACCCUUCGCCGCAGGACGCUCAGGAUAUCUGGAAACCAUAUCACAUUCUCGCCUACGGUGAUCUCGAAAGCGUCGCGUACGCAAAGACCCGUUUGAGCUUAUUGAUUGAUGAUCUCAACCGCUUGUUCAUCGACCGGCUCUCGAUCCCGCUCUCGCUGCAUUCGUUGCUGGCCGGCCGCGACUGCGAAAACUUCAACAAGAUCGAGGCAGAGACGAAUACUAAAAUCUAUGCGCCGACGCUGUUUCCUGGCGUGCACGCCGCAAUGGACAAGUCUUAUCCUCGACGCGACUAUGACGAGCUCUACAUAUCUGGUCAAGAGGCGGACGUCGGUCGGGCAAUCGAUUUUCUCAAUGACUUUAUCUUACGGAUACCGGCAUACAGUAAAGAAUUCUUGAUUCCUGUCAGCAAGAUCGACUAUCUCUUGCUGCACUGGCUUGACCGGCUCGAAGAGAUUCUGCGCAAGAACGCGGCGUUCAUUCAAUUCCCGUGCCUGGGUGCUGCAAAGUCGCUCGUUCGGGUUCAGUGCUCUUCGCAUAUCUUUGUCGAGAACACUAUACGCUUAGUUGCAAAGUUGACUACGGAGAUAUACAAUGCAGGAUACUGGAUCCACGAAGGACGCGCGGACGAGAACGGCAUGCUAAACCAACCCCGCUCGCUCCCACCCGCUGCCGCAAUCAACGAAGCGCUCGAGCGCGUGUCUGCCUCGUCGAUGGUCGACAUCACCUUUCUCCGCGGAACCUUUGAAGUCAGCGGCGACGCCGAGGCCACAAAAGCUGCCGUCUCGCAAAUCCGCGGCCUGCCGUUCUGGCCGCAGGACGAGCACCAGGUGCGGUUCCGGCUCGAGCUGAGCGUCGACCAGCGCGAAUUCAUCGCCGGUAAGAAAAACGGCAAGAUUAACCGGAUCAUGUCUACCUCGCACGUCUGGAUCCGGUUCGUGCCGUUUACCGAGUAUAACUUCUACGUCGAGCUGGCGGCGGCGGACUACACUGCGGCCUUGUACGGUAUCCAGUUGCUGGAAGAAGAGCUGCCGGCCGAGAUCUCGUUUUACGUGCCGGAGAUGUAUCACCGGUCGAUCAUCGGGCCUAGCGGACAGCAGAUCCAGCAGCUGAUGCGGAAAUAUAACGUCUUUGUCAAGUUUUCAAACGCGUACGAGCAAGCGCCGUCGCUGGGAAGUGAUCAGUCGUCGCAGCCAUCCGACGCAUCCUCCUCCUCCUCCUCGUCAAAGAUCGAUAACGUGGUCGUGCGGUGCCCGUCGAAGAACAAGGAUAACCUCGAGCCGGCGAAGGAAGAGAUCUUUGAGAUCCUCUCCUUUUUGAAGAAAGGAGGUCUUCCGGCUGGUGUUUCCGCGACCGGCGGCAACGGCGCCGCUGUGAAUGGGUCUGGCGGUGGUGGUGGAGGUGCGGGCGGGGCAGCGGGGAGGGCUCAUCACCCGCAUCACGCGCAUGGGUCUCAGGCGGGAUAUCUCGUUAGGCGAUGAUCUUGCUAUUUCCUAUGGUUUAAUAAGACUAGAGUUGCUUCGUUGAUGAUUGCUGGUUUAGUUUAUGCUGUGCUGUGUUGUGUGGGAGCAGAGCGCGGCGAUGGUGUAGAUAGGUUAUGUCUAUGUAGCGAGAGAUGUAAGAAUAUCUAUAGCUCAAUAUAUCUGGAUUGCACUCGCGGUGAUGACUAC